AUGGCCACUCCUGAGAUUGUCCACCUCCCUUUGCCCCAUUUGCCCGAGGGCUGGGAUGGCGGUGAUAAGGGCUUCAAGGCUCUCAGCAGUUUGUCUGCAUUCAGCCAAAGAACCGUUGAACCCGUUGGGCCUCACUUUCUAGCCCACGCUCGCAGAAAACGCCACCAUCGCACUUUUUCUGAAGACGAUCGUAUCCUAGCUCAAGAAAAUGUGAAGAAGGUUGAAGAGGAGGAUGAUGGCGAGAUUUCGGAGCCUGAAGAUCCGAUGAUGCUCCAGAGAGACGCCAAAGACUGGAAGGGUCAAGAUCACUACGCCGUUCUCGGCUUGAGCAAGCACCGGUACAAGGCUACCAACGAGCAAAUCAAACGAGCCCAUCGCAAGAAGGUCCUCCGGCACCACCCUGACAAGAAGGCUGCUUCUGGAGAUGCGGAUGAGAACGACAACUUUUUUAAGUGUAUUCAGAAGGCAACGGAAAUUCUCCUCGAUCCAGUGCGUCGUCGCCAGUGGGAUUCCGUUGAUGAAUUGGCAGACGUUUCACCACCAGGUCCCAAAAAGAAGGGGGAUUUUUUCAAGCUAUGGCGCCCAUAUUUUGAGUCUGAAGCACGCUUUUCAAAAAUCACCCCUGUUCCUAUGCUGGGAGAUGACAAUAGCACUAAAGAUGAAGUCGAGGAGUUUUACAAUUUCUGGUACAAUUUCGAUAGCUGGCGAUCCUUUGAAUACGAGGAUGAAGACGUUCCAGAUGAUAAUGAGAAUCGCGAUCAUAAACGACACAUUGAACGGAAGAAUGCCAACGCCCGACGGAAGAAGAAGACCGAAGAUACUGCUCGCUUGCGAAAGACUGUAGACGACGCCCUAGCAGCUGAUGCCCGCAUUAAGAAAUUCCGACGGGAAGAACAUGCCAACAAAAACAAGCGCAGGCUUGAAAGAGAAGCUGAAGCUAAGCGAGCUGCAGAAGAAAAGGAGAAGGCCAGAUUGGAAGAGGAACGCCUUAAGAAAGAACGCGAAGAGGCUGCUAAGGUUGAGAAAGCAGAAGGCAAGAAAGCCAAAGAAGCCGCCAGGAACGCUGCAAAGAAGAAUAAGCGUAUUCUCAAGGGUAGUGUGAAGGACGUCAAUUAUUUCACUGAAUCUGGCGACGCCUCUGUUGCACAGAUUGACAGUGUUUUGGGAGAUGUGGAACUUAUCAUGGGAAAGAUUGACAACGAGGAGCUCGCUGCCUUGGCUAGCAAACUCGGCGCUGCCGGGAAAGAUGUGGCUGCUGUCAAGGCGGUAUAUGGCGCAGAGGCAGCACGACUUAUUGGAGAGGGGAAGAUAAAAGAUAGUGAGGUGAAAGUGUUUAAGGCUUAG